GUGUGUGGUCCAUAACAGCGCGAACAUGCGACGUAGCCGCUACCUUUGGCUUGGAACUGAUAGCGCGACCAGUUAAUGCGUCUUUCGCGCAAAAGGCAGCGGACCAUGCAUUAGUUGCGG